UGUUUUAUAUCCAGAAUUUCAAAGUUUGAACAAAAACUAAUGCAACUAAAAACUCUUGUGGCUCAACGGCAAUCAGAUCUGAAACCAAGUUGUCAAACCUAUAGCCCAAUUCUUUUAUCGUUCAUGCUAUUCUCUCUCUCUUGUUAUCAAUUUAUUCUUUUAUUUAUGAUCUUUCUGAAGAAUAAGAAGAUUUAAUGCAUAUUAAUUGUGAUUGGGUACCUUUGCAAGAAACUCAGUUGUCUCUGAAACAUAGUAAAGUUGUAAGGUAGUUUGCAAUUUUUGCAUCAGUUUCCAUUUUUCUGAGAAGAUUGUUGCUUAUAAAUCUACAUAUGCCCUCUCAUUCUUGAUUGACAGGAAGCAUGUAACAUUAGCUUUAGAAUCUAAAAGCAUGCUAUUUUCUUUAGUUUACUAUUCCACAACUUACACCAAACUGGUUGGUGUCCUCCAAUUGUUUUCUUAAUUAGUUUAUUAGUUCUGCAGGAAUGCAAUAUUGAAGAGGUCGCAGAUGAGGAAGAACCUCCUAAAAGUUCCAAGGACUCAAAAAAAGUAAAUGGACCAGAUUCUGGUAAAGGCCCAAGUCUUGUGUUCAAGAUAACGAGCAAGGUUCCAUACAAGACUGUUUUAAAAGCACACAGUGCUGUUGUGUUAAAGGCUGAGAACAUGGCUGACAAAGUUGAGUGGGUAAACAAGAUACGAAAUAUCGUCCAACCUUCAAAGGGAUCACCACCCAAGGGCAUGCCUGGUUCUGAAGCUAAUCCCUCCAUGAGACAAAGCCUUUCAGAUGGCUCUCUAGAGACGAUGUCUAGAAGGCCUGCUGAUCCAGAGGAAGAACUUAGAUGGAUGUCUCAAGAAGUUCGUGGUUAUGUGGAGGCUGUUUUAAACAGUCUUGCUGCAAAUGUUCCAAAGGCAGUUGUGCUUUGUCAAGUGGAGAAAGCAAAGGAAGACAUGCUGAAUCAGCUAUAUAGUUCUGUAAGUGCUCAAAGCACAGCAAGGAUUGAAGAACUGCUCCAGGAGGAUCAAAAUGUCAAGCAUAGACGAGAAAAAUUUCAAAGGCAGUCUUCCCUUCUUUCUAAACUUACUCGUCGGUUAAGCAUCCAUGAUAAUCGAGCAGCUGCUGCUAACUGGUCCAGUAAUGGGACUGGUGCAGAAAGCAGCCCAAGGGCCAAUACUUCGGGUGAUGAUUGGAGAUCAGCAUUUGAUGCUGCAGCAAAUGGACCUGUGGACCGCUCCUUUGACCGAUCUAGCAGCAACGGCCACAGCCGUCGGUACAGUGACCCUGCACAGAAUGGUGAUGCCAGUGCAGGUCCGAAUUCUGGUAGCCGUCGGACACCAAAUAGGUUGCCGCCUCCGCCACCGCAAAGCAGUUCAUCAGUGUAUAGAUACUAGGCAGCGAAUGGCUUGAAUGGCAGCUAAUAUUCUAUGUAUUCUUGCUGGGUGCACAUCUCCUUGUGCUUUUCUCAUUUUGGUGAGCUGAUUCAGGCAACAGUAGAGCAGAAACAGCAGUGUACUCCGACCUGGUAGACCAUUUCAUUCCUUACAGAAAUAUAUUUCUAUUUUUUUUUUUUUUGAAAAUGGGGAGUACAAGAUGUCCGUUCUCUUGUCAUGCCAUGCCUCAGCAAGGAACCACUCCGUUACGAGUUGUAGCAAUUUUCGUUUGUGACUUUUUUGUUAAUAGAGUUAAUGAUACAUUGAGAUGUAUUUCUUUUCCUCUUCCAAGAAACUCCGUGUAAAUGCAUACUGCCAGAUGGAUGAGUUGCUUCCAUGUCCA